AGUGAAGAAUCUCUCUCAACACUCCCAGACGAGGAGCAACUACAAGCUUCAGGAACAAAAUCGUCCUCGUGAUGAUAAGCAAGUCGUCUCGCUACUGCAGCAGCUUGAAAGCCUUCAACAAGAAGAAAGUGGACGACUCAUGUUGAAUACAGAUUGUUCCACAAAGAACAAAGGCAACAAGGGUUCUCCUGCUCAUCGCAGUGAGGAGAAAAAAGACAUGGAUUAUUUCUUGCUGCAAUUAGCUGCUUGCGUGUGUAAUACGGCUACGGUUGUGGAGGAGACUGCGACUAGCUGUAUUAAAAACCAAAACGGCACUUCUCUAGUAGACCUUGAUGAUGUACCUGCAACGUCGACGUCAAAGAAACCCGUAUUCCUGGGCAACGCAGUCGACUGCGAAUUACUUCGGAUUGCUUUUGAGAAAUUGGGUGUAGUUUCUGUAGUUGUGAACGAGCACGACGACAAGAAAACAAGUGCUGCGAGGACGAACGGAGUGAUCAAGACUUGUGAUGCCACGACGGGACGAGUUCUCGCAAAAACUUUGCACCAAUGGGAAUUCGAUCAGGAUUUGCAAUUACAAUCUGUUUUGGUAGAAGUUUGUUUGGACAACAGUGGUGAUUGUGCCGGUGGUGGAAAAAAGUCAAAGUCUAUC